GGGCGCUGGGCAUCGUUUCGGGCGGCGUGUUCCGUGCCAGUGUUUCCGAAGCGUGUUGACAUACGUGAGCCGCCGUGGCACGACGAGGGUGGUGCGUGGAACCGGAACGGACCGCGGUCAACCAAGGUGCAGGUCCCUCGGUUGCCGCCAGUGGCUGUGUCGAGGGGCGGGGCAGCGGCUGCAACUGCAACUCUGCUUCAGGGCCGACUCGGGCCGGUCUUCAGCCACGCGGGCGUGGUUGUCAGGCUCCGCCGACUGAGGCUCCGGAGCCCGCCGGAUGUUCGUGAUCGUGAUCCGUGACUCGCGCGUAACGUCGUGAUAGAAGAUCAGGCCUACAACUACCGUUUGGUGGGGAUGCCAAACCAUGUGAUUAUCUGUUGGGCUUUUAUUCAGCUCCGCGCACGGCCAGUAAUUGGAUAACUGCCGUCGCCGGCUAUCUGCCUGGGUUAUCGCCCAGCACGGGCCGGUCCGAGGUCCACAUCCGCCCGUAGCGAACAUCUCUUUGACCCCGACAACCUUGGCACAGUUCGUUUGGGAGGCGUUUGCGGCGGCCUGGGAGCUCGGCUGGGGCCCACUGGGCUCGGCUGGGGCCCGCCGGGAUCGGCUGGGGCCCGCCUGGCUCGCGGUGUCCGCUGCGCCCACCAAACGUAUCGGGUGUCAGCAGCGAGCUCCCCACGCGCGGGGCUUCGUCACCAGACCCACACUCUACACGCAGCAACGAGGCGAAGGGACUGCCACGCGCCGCCGCACCACGUGAGAGUGAGCGAGAAUAUCCAGUGCCGAACAGCAGAGGAGGCCAGGGCGCGGCCCGACAGUGUGUGGGACAGGUGACGGGACGCCGCCUGCGACCCAUAGCGAAGGACUCUGCUGCGGCGCCCACCGCUGCUCCGGCACGCCCGCAGCUGCGCCCCCGCGACCGUCCCCCCUCCAGCCCGCAGCCGUUCGUCCCUCCGCUGCUGGGAUCAUGGCGGUCGAGCGGUACGGCUCCGUGGCGUACGAACGGCUGGAAUUGGCGCCGCGUGCGCACGUGCUCCGCUGGCUGGGCGUGCGGCGCAGCACGUGCAUGCUGGCGUGGUGCUCGGUGGCGUACUUGGCCCUGCUGGCGGUCGGCGCGGCCGUGUUCGCGCUGCUGGAGGCGCCGUCGGAGGCGUUGCUGCGCCGCCAGCUGACCGACAGCGUAGCCCGCUUUCUGCGCGAGCACAAGUGCGUGCCAGAGUCCGACCUGGAAGAUCUCAUCACUGAAGUGGUGCUCGCCAACAACCGGGGUGUGUCGGCCUCCAAAAACAUCUCCAGCGGCUCCAACUGGAGCUUCGGCCAGAGCUUCUUCUUUUCGGCCACCGUCGUCACCACCAUAGGCUACGGUCACGUGACGCCUCUGUCGGAGGGCGGCAAGAUCUUCUGCGUGGUGUUCGCGCUCAUCGGCAUCCCGCUCACGCUGGUCAUCCUGUCGGCGUUCGUGGAGAAGCUGAUGGUGCCAUCGACGCUGGCGCUGCAGUGGAUGAACUCCCGGCUGGGUCACCUGUACCAGCCGUUCAACAUCCGGCUGUUCCACCUGGCGCUGGUCGGCCUGCUGAUCGUCUGCUGCUUCUUCCUGGUGCCGGCGGCCGUCUUCAGUCGCGUGGAGGACGGCUGGAGCUUCCUCGACUCGCUCUACUACUGCUUCAUCUCGCUGACCACGGUCGGCCUGGGCGACUACAUCCCUGGCGACCGGCCCGGCCAGGAGUACAGGCCCCUGUACAAGGUGGCUAUCACGGGCUACCUGCUGGUCGGCCUGGUGAUGAUGAUGUGGUUCCUGACGGUGUUCGCCGAGAUCCCACAGCUCAACUUCGGCAUCAUGUUCCUGCACCAGUCGGACGAGGGCACCUCCGACCCGGAGAAGAUGCGCCUCUCGGGCGCCGGCGCCGGGCCCAAGUACACGCAACAGAUGGAGAACCACGUGAAGGCGAGCAGUCGGCCGGUAGAGGAGACUCCCAGCCCCGAGGAGACCACACCAGUGCACGCGAGGCAGAAGUGAUGCAGUCUACCUUGCUGCUGUCGCUCCCGCGGCCAUUUCGGCAAGGCCCGGCCAGCCGCGCAGCUUCGAAAGCCGGCCGAUAGGUGGCAGCCCGGUCGCCCGUCGGCAGCCGGCCACUUCAGCUGAGCUGACGCGGACGUUGGAGAAUAUUGUCGCCGCACGCAGAAGAGCUCCAGAGUGGAGCCGUGGAGCGCGUGUCUUGCUUUAGCGGCGGGCGCGUGUCGUCGGUAACAUCGCUGGGAGGCGGCGCGCACGAGACUGCUGUCUGAAGCCCGUCUGACUGCUGUCUGCUGUCUGAAGCCCACACGGCCGUCUGGGUCUCGUUGGCUGUGCGCCAGCGUGCGAGACGACCUAGCAUCAUCCUGCCGCGGCGAUGGGCGAGGUCUGCCGACCCGGUUGGGGGCGGGGCAGCCUCAAAGUCACGUGAUUGCCAGCGCGGCGGAAUAAGCUGACCAUUUUCGGUGCUGCGGGUCGUCCGACAUUUGAGACGGAAAUAAGCGUAGCGUUCGCCGGGGUCGGCUUGCAGGCCGCGGGUCACUACGUGCGUUAGCAGGUUAGCGGUCUCUUUUUACGAACAUUCUUCGCGUGGACUGUCUUUCAAUCUUAUAGCUCGCAGUCCUGUUGACGUUAGAGCAAGAGAAUGCACCGGUUAGCGUUCUUUCACGUUAACAAGUAUCUCAACUCAGUGAUUUCAUGAGGUCUUGUAUGGUUUAUUUUUUAACCGAUUAGCUGUCUAAACGACGAAUAUUUCAGAUGUUACUGACAAGAAGCACAACGAGAUUGCUACAUUUUGCAAACUACUCACAGGCGUGUUUUUCGCUCACCAGUAUAUAAUAUUUGCGGUAAGACCGCCGGCGUGAUAUUCUCGACACCACGAGGGGACCCACCUUAGUUGACUGAGACCACGUGUUAGCGCUUGGCGUCCCAAGGGCGGACUUUGCUCGAGACACUGCGGCAAC